GUGAUUGGGAAGUGUCUGAGAAAUUUUGAUUAAUUGUUUAUUACCUUAAUAUUACAUGGUUUUGAAAUAUGCGGUUAUCAGCUAUUCUGUGUAAAGUUGCCGACCUAACGAAGCAGUAUUCAAAUCUUCCCGAAUCGUAUAUCAAGAGGGCCAUGGAACAGGUUUAUUGGCGCACACCGAAAGCCCGCCAGUAUCUGCAACGGGAAGUAAAACGUAGGAAAUAUUAUUUUGAUAUUCAUCGACCCUGGACAGCACAAUUUCAAAUGGACAACCAGAGGGGAAAAAUGCACAAGAAAGUUUUUCUUGAACCAAUUCGCGAAUGGAGCUUCUUCAAGGGAGACAGGGUGAGAUUGACAU